CUAUGAUAAUAUAGUCCCAAUAUUAUUGAUAUAAUAUAUAUAUAUAUAUAUAUAAUAUUAUUAUUAUUAUUAAUAUAUAUAUUAUUAUUAAUAUUAUAUAAAUAUAUAUAUAUAUAUCAAUGCCAUUUCUAGCCUACAAUAGCAGUUAUAAUAAUACUAAUAAAAUGUCUAAUCUUUUUUAAUAAGAAAGGUAUUCUCUACGAAAAUCCUUUUUUUUUCUUGUUUUAUAGUAGUAAUAGUAGUUUUAAAUAGUUUUAAUGUGGCUUGUCAGUGAUGUGGUGUGAGUCUCUGUCCCUAUACCUCCACAUACACACACGCACACACACACGCACACGCGCUCAUUGAAGCACGUCCCUUCCCCCUCCACCACCCCCCUCGUGCGCCCCAUCCACGGGGACACCAAUGUGUGACAGUGGCGGAUGGCCUUGGCCACGCGGGACGCAGCCGCUGCGCUUCGCCUUCGCUUCGCCAGACAGGUUUCUUCUCUCCUCUCUCUCUCUCUCUCUCUCUCUCUCUCUCUCUGUGUGUGUGAAUCUCUCUCCCUCCUUUUAAUCUCACCUGGCCUCGAGCCACCCCCCCACCCUCACCUGUGGGAGUAAAAGAAAGAAAGAAGAAGAAGAAGAGGAAGAAGUUGGAGAAGAAGCUUGCUGUUGGGAGGGAGUCUGUUCCAGAGGAGAGAGAUAUAGUUUUUCUUCUGAACUCUGGUCGAUGGAUUUAUCACUGACAAUACAAGAAUAUUUUAGCUAGAAAAUUGAGUGAAGCAUGGGUGACUGGAGCUUUCUAGGGCGGCUGCUGGAGAAUGCUCAAGAACACUCCACUGUGAUUGGAAAGGUUUGGCUCACUGUCCUCUUCAUCUUUCGCAUCUUGGUGCUGGGCGCAGCAGCUGAAGAGGUGUGGGGCGACGAGCAGUCUGACUUUACUUGUAACACGCAGCAGCCCGGUUGCGAGAACGUCUGCUACGACGAGGCCUUCCCCAUCUCCCACAUCCGCUUCUGGGUGCUGCAGAUCAUCUUUGUAUCCACGCCCACCCUCAUCUACCUUGGCCAUGUGCUCCACAUCGUCCGCAUGGAGGAGAAGAGGAGGGAGAGGGAGGAGGAGCUUAGGAAGGCCGGACGCCACCAGGAGGACCACGACCCUCUCUAUCACAAUGGAGUCGGUAAUGGAGGAGGAGGUGGAAAGAAGGAGAAGCCGCCAAUUCGGGAUGAGCAUGGGAAGAUCCGGAUCCGCGGGGCGUUAUUGAGGACCUACAUCUUCAACAUCAUCUUCAAGACUCUGUUUGAGGUGGGCUUCAUCCUGGGACAGUACUUCCUCUAUGGCUUCCACCUGAGGCCGCUCUAUAAAUGUGGCCGCUGGCCCUGCCCCAAUACUGUGGACUGCUUCAUCUCCAGGCCCACUGAGAAGACAAUCUUCAUCAUCUUCAUGCUGGUGGUUGCCUGUGUCUCUCUGCUCCUCAACCUGCUGGAGAUCUACCACCUGGGCUGGAAGAAAGUCAAGCAGGGGGUCACCAACGAGUUUAUACCCGACCGCGGGUCGCUGCUGCCAGGCGGAGACGAGACGAUCCCGGAGCAGACCUCUCCGCCAGUGCUCGACUGUUUGCCGGCGUACGCCAGUGUGAACGUGGUGGAGUGCGGAGCAGCAGAUGACUUCCUGUCCUCUUCUUUUUACGGUGACAAAGUGAGUGUCGGGAGCCGUGGGCAGAUGAUGGCGAUGGAGCAGAACUGGAGCAACAUGGCACUGGAGCUGGAAGGAAAAAACUCUUCCUCUUCCUCCUCCUACCCUCCUCCUCUUCCCUCUCCUCCCACCUCCGCCUCCUCCUCUCCUCACGAGGAGACCAGCCCACCACUUCCAGAGGGGGAGCAACACUCCAUGUUUCCUACACUCCCUCUUCGCACCCCUCUCUCCACCCUCGCGCCGGCGGAGGCGACGGAUGAUGAAAACACAUCACCUUACAUGGUCCCACAUGACGACUACACCGUGGUUACCAGGGCGGAGAUGCAUCAGCCUCCAGCUUCUCCUGCCAGAGACAUCCAGAAGCCGAGUCGGUCCAGCAGGAGCGGCGUCCGAGCUCGCCCCGAUGACCUGGCAGUGUAGCUUAAACACACACACACUCACACAUUUACACAACCAUGCAUACAUGCUGUGUACACAUAGACAAUUUACAUGAGCAUUUUUUUUUUAACAGUAUAAAACCACACAAGCAUGCCCUCCAGCAAAAGACAUGCGUGCAAUUAAGACGUGCAAAACACACAUUCAACUGGAGGUGGCUGCUUAUUUUCAUCUCACAAUUAUGAAAUAGAAGUAGGGUUAGAAAGAGUUUGGCCAGACAUGAGCUUCUCAACUUGUAAGACAUCAGCUCAUAGAGGCUUUGAAGAAAUCUCCUAGUAAUACAUCAGGAGUAAUUUCAGAGAACAGUGGAGAGAUUGCUGUGCACACAGGGGAUCCAACUCUGAGUAUACCAACAUUUAAAAUACUUAUUCAUAUCAAAUUGAAAUAAAAAAAACAUUAUAGUUGAUACAAAAGGCGGGAGCAACACUGUUGCGCAAUUUAAAAGACAUACAAUAAUAAUGCUCUAUGGAUAUGUGCAGGGCAGGAGGGAAGCCGGUUCAAAAUUAAUGUCAACAAAGGAUAGAGAAGCACUGGUUACAACGCAUGCAGAGGGAGAGAGACUUCAGUCUCUGCUCAGGUAGA